AUGCUUACCUGUUCCCAAGAUAUGUUCUUCAAAAACGAACAAAUUCAACAACAAUCGCGUGAUCAAAUGUCAUUCCCAUCAAUCCACAAGUCAUCUCCAAUGACAGCAAUGUCCACCUUCCACUCAGACUGCCAACUCAAGGAUAAACGACCCAGACACCCAAAGAAAGACUACAUGGUUCCUCACUCAAACCCUGCUCUCGUAAACGGCAAAGACAAAGAAGAGCAAGUCUGGCCAGUCGAUGUCGAAUCUGCCUUUAUUGAAGUCUAUUAUUUGACAAGAUCCUUAUUCUUAUUGUUUUGCUCUCCUUCCUCUUUAGCAUUGGAAACCAUCCCAAAAUUAGGAAGACGAAAAAUCCUAGUUAAUGGAAAACCGUGUGGUCGCAAUGAACUAAUCUCAGACUUCAUUUUCCGCAAGACCUCAAAGAUUCGAACCCGUAAACAGGUCUCAUCACACAUCCAAGUCCUCAAAAAUACGCGUAAAAGUGACCCUCAUUUCAUGCGUCUCUUGACAGAUUCAACAGACACUAAACCAAACGAAAAUUAUCUUCAAAAGAAACCAACCGGGCUUCAUCCAAACGCGUUCCUAAAGAAUGCUAUCAACAGCCAGCUGGGUGUAUCACACGGCAACUCAACCGUUAUCUUCCAACCCUCCGAGUCUUCCUCUUCAGACGAAUCUUCAAUUGGCUCUUCACCUUCACCUGCAGACUAUGUAUUCGACCUUAUGUAUGGCGUCGACCCUAACAUGUCUCAGAACCCACUUUCUAUGCUGGACAUCAAAGAUAUUUAUAGCCCACUCCAACAACAGAGCUUGUUUGGAAUGGUAGACCCACUCACCACUCAACAAUUAAUCAUUCAACAAAAUCAUCACAAUAAUCACAAUAAUCAUAAUAGUCAUAAUAGUCAUAAUAAUCAUAAUAAUCAUAAUAGUCAUAAUAGUCAUAAUAGUCACAAUAAUCACCAUCACCAACAGCAGCAGCAGCAACAGCAAAUACAGCAACAGCAGGACAUUUCAACCGGAAACAAUCCUUUCUUUGGAACAGUAGCAGCCAACUUUGGGAUUAAUGCAUUCCCCUCAUCUUCUUGCCUCGCUACAAAUACCCCUUACCCCUUUACUGGUUCAGGUGUAGAAGCCAUGUCUGUGGACAACAUGAGCUCCUCGUGCCUCUUUGACUUUACUAAACCUCCAUCUCGCUCAAAGAAAAAUUCUAAUCAAAAUUCUAAUCCAAAACAGCAACCUAUCGCCGAAUCAUCCAUUUCAACCUUAACAUCUUCCUCUUCUUCUUCCUCCGCAUCCUCUUCAUCCGCAUCCGCAUCCGCAUCUUCGUCCUCUUCUUCUUCAUCGGCAUCUUCAUCGUGUGCACACACCAAUCCAAAUCAAAAGACAGAUAAAAAUAUUAUCACAGAUCAAGACAAAGAAAAUGAUCAUCUUGAGUUUGCUCUGUGGCCAAAUUACCUUUGUCUCUACCUGGAAUAUGCUUUACCUUACGACACCUCCAUGACCGUAUCUCACAACCUUGCCCAAUUACCUCAUUGUUAUCCAAACUGUCUAUCAACAGUAGAUGCCAGGUCGAUCUCACGCGAAAAAUGUCCUUUGAUUGGAGCCCUGACACAAAGUCACCACAGCCAAAACAGCAACAACAACAACAACAAGAACAGCGACAGCAGCAACAGUAGCCAACAGUCGUCCACAAGCGUUGUACUUCUGGCCAAACUGAAACUCGAUCUCAACCUCAACAUCUCAGACUUUGUGUUCAACAAUACCUUCUUUUUCGAAACCCGUGACAGACGCACAAUUGAAUGCACGACAACCAUCUACUCGUUUGGAAACGUGGUGUUGGAGUCUAAAGAAAUCCAACAGGCACUCUGGCUCAACGAAGGAAAAUACAUGUACAGCUUUGUUUUUGUCAACCAGUUCUUUGAUGCCUUCAUGAAAGGAAUUCGGUCUCUCCAGUCCUGGGAAGAAGUCGAUAUUGCGAUUCACAAUCUAUGCAUUGUACAGGUAUUUGAGGACAUGGAAACCAAAUACAACAGUACGGCUCCUGGUACGAUGGAUCCUUCCCUUGUCGAGACCAACAUCUCCCCAGAAAGCUGUGUCGGAUCUUCAUCCAGAGGCCGCCCUUCCUUACUUUCAAUGGUCUAUGAAUUCGAACGGGGUCAUGGUACGAUCGACAUGUGUGCAGUUGGAGAUGCGGCUACAAACGAAAAAUUUGGUAUCGGUAGAGGACUUGAUGUCUUGAUAGAUACAAAGCCAGAAGCGUAAAUAAAAGGAGACAAGGAAGCAAACAUACACACGUACAUAUACACACACACACACACACAAAUACAUACAAAUAUCAAUGAUAAUGAUAAU